AUGGAAGCAAAUAGUUCUGCAUCUCACAACCGCGGACGCCUCGAAGAAUUAGCCGCCGGCUUAGGCGUUUUUAUGAAUAGACAUCUACCACGCCUCAGGAGGGAAUCUGUCUCUUCAUUCAGCCAAGAAGAUAAAGCAGCAGCGGAGUCGCUCGCAAGACAAAAACGACUGGAGGCUUUCUCUUCUAAAUCCCAUGUUUUCCGACGCACUCCAAGCCAACGCAACUUUAAAAAGAACGAACUUUACGCCGCAAUCGAGACAGCUAUCCAGGAAAAUAGACCUAUUGGAGUUGUCGAAUGUUUACUCAGCCAAGUCAAAGAUGCAAAAGCUAAAAAGCCCAUAUUUAAGCAUCAGCAAGAGACCGGUGAUGCGCAGAUAGAAGCGCUCCUACUACUCGCGGCGGAGAAACAACAGGCGGGGGUAUUAUCUCUGUUGGCUUCACACGCGGAUCCCGCAUCAAUAGCAAUGUGUCUUCGAUAUUCCGUUGCUGCUUCUGAUUUAGACUCAGUCAAGGCCCUGCUCCAAAACGGGGCAGAUCCGAACUUCUGCCAUACUGCAAUUCUCGAAAGCGUGGGAAAUGGUAACACCCCCCUUGUCAAACUUUUUCUCAGCUCCGAGAUACCGCUCGCAAAAUCGUGCCUCGAUAAAGCUCUUCCUAUCGCUGUUUCCAAUGGCUCGCUUCAGCUUGUCAUAGCUCUUCUCCAACAAGGCGCGGACGCAAAUUCGGGGGAACUCUUCGAGUCUGUGGUUAAGGCGGGGAGAAUUGACCUCAUUGCUGCUCUAGCCUCCGCCGAAUAUCCGCCAUCGCGGCAAUCCCUUAACCGUGCUCUUGGGAAUAUCCUCCUCGAAACGACCACUGUGACCGAAGAGCGACGUUUGAUCAUCGAAAUCCUGGUCUGCGCUGGCGCGUCUGGAGAGAAUGUGACAAAAGCCCUGACAAGAGCAGUUUUUACAAAUGAUCAGAAGCUCGCCUCAACGAUCGUUACUCACCACGAUUUGACAUCCUAUAACCCUUUCGACGCGAUAAUCAAAGCUAUAGAAAUGGACAAUGUUGAACUGCUUACUACUCUUUUUAAUGGAAACCUCGACGGAGAGUGCGCAUCCGCCAUAUUGGCUAAAUUCCCCAAAAUUAGUGGGAAUCUACCGUGUGCUAGGAAGCUCUGGAUCACGUCAACUCUAGUCAGACGUGGCGCUGGCGGGGUCGCAUUGGAUGAGUAUUUGGUUGAUUCCGUUGAGCAGAAUGAUGAAUUACUAGUCAAAUUCUUGGUCGACCACGGAGCUUCCGUUGACUAUCUUAACGCGAAGGCUCUUUGCUUUGCCAUGUCCCCGAAAUCGUUUCAAAUAUUCAAGAAACUUCUCGAUGGAAAACCGUCACGGAGUUCAUUUGCAUACUGUUUCUGCUUCCUACCAACUUUGUCCAUGGAUUUACAAUUAAAAUUUGCGUCGGAAUUAUUACGAGCUGGGGCCCGAGGCGAAGCGGUCGACAUGGCGCUGAUAGGAGCUGUUUCUGCGGAGGAUACGAUGGAACGAAAUCAGUACAUUGACAUACUUGUGAAGCACGGAGCAAGUGUCGAUGCUCAGAACGGGUGUUGUUUUCAAGAAGCAACAAAGUCGGGAGACAUCGUUGCCUUGAGCCUUUUACUCAAAGGCGAACCAUCUGCAAUAUCUCUUGCCAGAGCCAUCAGCCAAGCAUGUGAAUUGCCUGACAAAGAGCUGCGUUUCACGAUCGUGGAUUUGCUUCUGACAGCAGGGGCCCGUGGACCUCUAAUAGACGCGCAACUAAUCGAACUCGUUCAAGAAAGCCCCGUUGACAUUGUUUUGGUAGGGCUUUUUCUCGAGAAGGGGAAAGCAGAUGUUAACACAAACGGGGGGGAAGCGAUACAACUCGCGUGUAAGAGUUCGGAGCCCAAGCUUUUGAAGGUGCUGUUGCAAUUCCAACCCUCAUCUAAAGCCUUGAACGGAGCCUUCCUUACGGCAAUAUCUUUGCAAGACUCUGGUAUCCGUUACAAGAUGUGCCAUAGGCUCCUUGAUGCUGGCAUUAGCGGAGAAAUGCUGAGCACAGGAUUGAUCGCUGAACAGAGUUCCCCGUCCAGUAACUUGAAACUGAUGGAAUUACUUCUGAACCACGGAGCAAACGUUAAUUUCAACAAUGGGGCUACCAUCCGAAGAGCAGUGAAACAGUCAAACGAGCUACAGCUUGCACUUCUUGCAUCGAGGACGCCAUCACGCCAGACAAUAUUAGGCGGAUUGGAACUUCUGCUGCAGCCAACCUCCUCUAAAAGAUAUGAACUAGCUACUGUUUUGCUAAACGCAAUGGAUGAGUCACUGGCCGAGCCUUUGAGUAUUAUACUUCUGGAGGCAGUCAGGUCAGACAUCCGGGAUAUUCGUUUCUUGAAGCUCCUUCUCCAGCAUGGCGCCUCUGCAGAUUAUCAACAAGGCCUAGCAAUGCGUAAAUCGAUUGAUUAUGACUAUUUCGAGGCAUUCGAGGUAUUUCUUGGACAUUCUCUCUCGCCAGGCACGCUGGAAACGGUUUUUGAAUCUUCCCUUCUUCUCAAGGGUACUUCACGCGUUACAUACAUUACUCGAGUCCUUGAGAAAGGGUGCAGCGGGCGAUGCAUAGAUGAAGCUCUCCUCAAAGUCGUUCAAGAAAAGCCUUGUGAUAAGGAAGUGGUUUUACUGUUGCUUAAAUAUGGCGCCUCCGUCCACUUUGCGAACAGUCAACCCUUAGUUCACGCCGCGCUAUCUCAUGAUGCACUGACGUUAGAGCUUCUUCUGGAAUCAGCUUCAGAGGAAACUGCUGCAACGUACGUUCUGGGGAAGACAGUAUCGGCAGGGGUAGGCUGGCUAUCAGCUGAUGGCCUGCCAAUAAUCAAAUCGCUACUUCAUCAUGGUGCCUCAGGCGAGGUACUCCAUCUUGCUCUUAUCGCUGCUAUCGAAAAUGCAAUGACGAAUCCGGAAGUAGCGCACUUCGUUGAUCUUUUGCUUCAGUUUGGAGCCAGUGGUGAUUAUCACGACGGCCGGGCUCUACGGGCCGCAAUCUCAAAAGGCCAGCUUUUACUGGUUAGGAAGAUCAUUGAGUCUAAUCCCUCAGGCGAGACCUUAAUGAUUGGGCUUUCGUGUGUUCUAACCUCAGAUCUCUCUGAAGACAUGAGCUUACAAUUGGUUGAGAUUCUAAAUCAAGAUCGAAUGGACAUACAAUCUAUAGAGACAGCAUGGUCGAACACAUCGCAAAGGGAAUCUCUCUUAUUUUUGUGUCUGAAGAAAUGGCCACGAGGAACCAGAGUCUUGGAGAAGCUCUUGCAGAAUGGUAUGAAUGUCAAUCAAACCACCCCGUACCUGAUUGAGAGUGAAUGUGGCCUGGAGCAUGUUUCAGUUCUGCUAUGGGCGUUAUUACAACCACAACAGAAAAUAAGUUCGUAUGUGAUUGAAUGUCUAUUGAAGCAUGGAGCGGACCCGGAUUUUCAAUCUACUGGGUCGUUGAUGUCGCCAAUCUUGAUAGCAGCCAUGGAAAGGCCCGCUGAAAUCGUUUUGAAGCUUAUCCAACAUGGAGCAGAUGCUUCAAGAUGUGAUAAGGAUGGUAGGAGCUCUUUGCUUUACGCAACUAGAAAAAAUCAAAUAAAGUCAAUGCGUUUUCUUAUCGAGGGAGGCGCUGCGGUUGACGAUGGAAGCCUUCACGAAGCAGCCAGGGCCUUGAAUCUAGAUGCUAUCCAACUCCUUCUCUCUUACGGCCACGAUCCCAACUUCCCGUCGAUGCUACAUGAUGGUCGUUGUGCGAUGGCAAACCUGUGCCUCUGCGCUUCCGAUGUUGGAUUGCCUGUUUCUAGAAUCAGAAAAGCCAUCGACACCCUUGUUUCUGGAAAGGCGGACUUAAGGGAUCAAAGUCAAGGAAAACCAGUCCUGCUCCAUGCCCUGGAUAACCCAAAGUCGUGCGUCCGUAUCACAACUGCUCUUCUGGCAAGCGGGAUGUGGAAAAUAAUCAAUGAUGAAAGCAAUCUUUAUACCGCCGAUAAAUCCGUGUACUCACCGUCCAUGUACAUCAAGAAGUGUCUUCAAAAAAGUCCAAGGGAACACGCUCCACAGCUCCUCUAUAUACUCCAAGCCCAUGGUUGCAAGGACGUAUACUACAGGCUCUCCGGUCCACAACCCCCCGACAUGGUCAAUGCCCCACCAGAAAUUGCGGCAGAAGAAAACCGGCGACAGAUCCGCGCCAAACGGUUGCAGGAAGAAGAAGAGGACCACCAAAUACGCCUAAAGCAGAACGACGAUAUUGCAAAGCAACAGAAUGUCCUGAUGACACGGACGCAUAACUUGCGCAUCCAGCAUGACCGUCAAAUCGCAGACGAACGCGAAGCAACAACUGAGCGCUCUGCAAAACAUCAAUUGCGCCUUGAGGCCGAAUCUGCAGCUUAA